AUGCGUGAAAUCGCCCAUUUGCAAGCCGGCCAAUGCGGCAAUCAAAUAGGAGCAAAGUUUUGGGAAGUGAUCUCCGACGAACACGGUAUAGAUCCGACCGGCACUUACCAUGGCGACUCGGAUCUACAAUUGGAACGCAUAAACGUUUAUUACAACGAAGCAUCCGGAGGGAAAUACGUUCCUAGAGCGAUCCUGGUCGACUUGGAGCCCGGCACGAUGGACGCGGUACGCUCCGGACCGUUCGGUCAGAUAUUUCGACCUGAUAAUUUCGUGUUUGGACAAAGCGGAGCCGGGAACAACUGGGCCAAAGGGCAUUACACCGAAGGCGCAGAGCUCGUUGAUUCCGUUCUCGAUGUUGUCAGAAAGGAAGCCGAAAGUUGCGACUGCCUGCAGGGUUUCCAGUUAACCCAUUCCCUGGGCGGCGGAACCGGGGCUGGAAUGGGAACGUUGCUCAUUUCGAAGAUUCGGGAGGAGUAUCCGGAUAGGAUCAUGAUGACCUUCAGCGUAGUUCCUUCGCCGAAGGUGUCCGACACGGUAGUCGAGCCUUACAACUGCACUUUGUCGGUGCAUCAGUUGGUCGAGAACACGGACGAAUCUUAUUGCAUCGACAACGAAGCUCUGUACGACAUCUGCUUCCGUACUUUGAAGUUGACCACGCCGACUUAUGGCGAUUUGAAUCAUUUGGUAAGUGCCACCCUCAGCGGGGUGACCACUUGUCUGAGAUUUCCCGGACAGUUGAACGCCGAUCUGCGAAAGCUCGCCGUAAACAUGGUGCCCUUUCCUCGAUUGCAUUUCUUCAUCCCUGGUUUUGCACCGCUAACUUCCAGAGGCUCGCAGCAGUACAGAGCUCUCACUGUCCCCGAACUCACCCAGCAAAUGUUCGAUGCUAAGAACAUGAUGGCGGCUUGCGAUCCUCGUCACGGUCGUUAUCUGACCGUGGCGGCCGUAUUUCGGGGCAGGAUGUCGAUGAAGGAAGUUGACGAGCAAAUGCUCAACAUUCAGAAUAAAAACAGCACUUAUUUCGUCGAUUGGAUACCGAGUAACGUUAAAACCGCCGUCUGCGACAUCCCACCUCGCGGACUUAAGAUGUCGGCCACUUUUAUCGGCAACUCGACAGCCAUCCAGGAAUUGUUCAAGAGAGUAUCGGAACAGUUUACCGCGAUGUUCAGGCGGAAAGCGUUUCUUCAUUGGUACACGGGAGAGGGAAUGGACGAGAUGGAGUUCACAGAAGCGGAAUCGAACAUGAACGACUUGGUGUCCGAAUACCAGCAGUACCAAGAAGCAACAGCGGAAGAGGAAGGCGAAUUUGACGAGGAGGAAGAGGGCGAGGGUGAAAACCCUUGA